AGAGAGCACCUCUAACAGAGGCGAAAAGCUAAAUCUUGAAAUAUCGAACAUGCAAAGUCUAACAGUAGAUGCAGAGGGAAAGUGGAAUAGUUUCAUUGAGACAACAAAAAGCAACUAUGUGGAAGAUUCUGUUGCUUUGGAAGCCGGUAAAUGCGCUCUUGAAGAUGACCUUCAAUGCUGCUUGAGAGACUUGGCAGAGGUUUCACAACAACAGAGAUUGUCUGAAGAAUCCCUCUUGGAUGCGAUGAAGAUGAAUUUUGACUCGGAAGAUUCUGUUAUCAAGAAUGAAACAGCAGCUAUUGAGAAGAUCCAUGCUCGAUUUUCAUCAAUUGCAGCGUCGUUUCUUGAAGAAACACAGGAUGCUACGAAGAAGUUAAUGUUAUCUGCUGAGAAUCCUCUCAGACUAGACCAGGAGGCAUCGGAGAAGGCCGGGCUCCUAAGUGCACGUUGCCUCGUCUCCACGAAGCAAGCGAGCAGCAUCCACUCUGAACAAGUAGCUGAUGUUUCAAGAAGAGCAAGAAAAUCCCUUGUUGAUGACUACUUGGUGGAUAGUUGGUCAUGUCAAAGUCCGAGGAAGAGAAACGUGGUUGUGGCAAGUAGAGAAGAGAUAGAGAGUUUGAUGAGUUUGCAAUCACCCAAAGCUCAUAAUGCAGUUGCAUCCUAAAUUGGAUAAAAGCAGCCACACUUCUUCAUCAAAUGUUCAUUCAAAUGUAUACCCAAUUUUAUAUUUAUAGCAAAUUUGGUGUCACAUACCCCAAAUAAAAAAAAGAUAAGUUCAUGUUACUCAAUUCUCUCAAUAUUCUUUCCUCUUUUUCAUCAUCAUCAUGAAAUCCAA